CCUGCACUCAGGCCCAUGGUCCUAAUCAUCCUCUAUGCGGACCUGCUGGGUAACGCCACAAAGAACCCAAGAAGGGCUCCCACAGGACAUACAGAACAUCCCACAGCACAGGACCAUAUAGAUUAUUCCAAGGUCUGCCGCCCGUUGUAGAGGUCAUUGGUCCUCCUUUGACCGUGGCUGACAUAACCAUUCAGGUCUUGAGUGUCUGAGCACAACAAAUGUUUCCUUAGGUUGCUCUGUGUGUGGAAGGCACCCUAGCACUGUCUUCUCAAAGCAAAGCCCUUCAAGUGAGUUUACAACUUUACUCUGGAGUGGGAGGGGCCAAUUCUUAAGCUGCUCUUAAGGCAUCUUUCUUAUUGUCCCAAUGAAAAGAGCUUGGCUUUUUAAAGUGUGGCCCAACAUUAAUUGCUCUUUGCUGGUCAAAGUUUUUCAAAUCUUUAUACCUCAGUUUUUAUUCCUAAUUCUCACAGUAACCGACCCGAAAGCAGCCAGCAGUACAUACCUAUGCUGUUGCCUGAAUAUGUACUGCCAUGACAUUUCUUCUACUGGAUUCAUCAUCCCAUUGUCUUUGAACUCAGCAUCACAACGUCACAGAACAGAUUAAAUGUAGACAAGUCUGUACUUGUUUUCCAGAAUGUGACAUGGAUGGAUUCUAGUCUGGUUCCUUAAACUUCUCUUCCAUCAGGAACCUCAUGAGCGCAGCCAUUACUCUGCAUUCCUAUCCGCAUUCUGGUCUUUGGUACUCUUGCCAGAAUGAUCCACAAAGCUCUGUUUACAAGAAGACUGCUUAUUUGUGCCCCUGAACCUUCCCACCAUCCUCAGCAAACCCUUUCCAAAGACUCUAAACCACUUGAUGAGAUGCUAUCACAGCCACUAUCCUAGUUCUCAGUGCCAGUUUUUGGUGCUCCUUGACUUUCUGUGCUGUGACAACAGACUGGACAGCAGUAACUUAAAGGAUGGCAAAUUAUUCCGGUUCAUGUUUUCAGAGACUUCCUGUUCACCAGGCUCUGGUUUCUGUGGUGAAGCCUGAUAGUAUGACAGAAGGGUGUGCUGGAACAAGGCUGCCAGCCUCAUGGUAAUCUGGAAGCAGAGGGAUAGAGAAAGAUUGAGGCUGCAAUAUCUCCUCCAAAGGCAUGCCUUAAACCACUCACUUCCUUCAAGUAGGCCCCACCUCCUAAAGGCUGCACUUCCUCUGAGUACCACCACCAGGUGGACACUAAGUCUUCAACAGAUGAGACCUUUGAGGGGAUGCAUUUAAACAUCAAUCCAUAACACCUUCUUAGACUACAGCUAGUAGAAGAGGUGUGAGAGAGAGGCAGAGCUCAGCAAGACUGGAUUAAGCAUUAACUCAGCUGUCACCACAGCCCAGAACAGCAAGUGCCCCAAAGCCAAGUUUCAGACCUGCCUGGUGUUCCUAGACUAAGGAGUGAGCAGCAGACAUGGCUCACUUUGCCCAGGUCAUGGCUGAAGUGGGCGACUUUGGUCGCUUCCAGGUGCAGUUGACCAUCCUGAUGGGCAUCCCCAACUUCCUGUCUGCAUUCUUCGUGUUUAGUCAGAUCUUCAUGGUCCUUGAUGAGGCUCACCACUGUUCAGUGUCCUGGGUCAAGAACCACACUUUCAACCUAAGUGCUGCUGAGCAGUUGGCAGUCAGCAUCCCCAACGACACGGCGGGCAGACCUGAGUCCUGCCUCAUGUUCCGGCCCCCUCCAGACAACGCCAGCCUGCAAGACAUCCUCAGCCACCGCUUCAAUGAGACCCAGGCCUGUGACUCAGGCUGGGACUAUCCUGAGAACAAGCCUCAGUCCCUGAAGAAUGAGUUUGACCUGGUGUGUGAUCGGAAGAACCUGAAGAGCACUUCACAGUCAGUGUUCAUGGCUGGACUCCUCGUUGGGGCCCUCAUCUUUGGGCCCAUCUGCGAUUGGAUUGGCCGUAGACCCUCCCUCCUGGUGCAGCUGCUCCUGUCUGCCGGGACGAGCAUCGCCACGGCCUUCGUGUCCAGCUUUGCGCUCUACAUGGCCCUACGCUUUGCUACGGCCACUGCUGUCGCUGGGUAUUUACUGAGCACCAACGUCCUGCUUUCAGAAUGGGUGGGGCCGUCCUGGAGAACCAAAGCCAUGGUCCUGGCCCAGAGCAACAUUGCCAUUGGACUGAUGGUGUUAGCAGGCCUGGCCUAUGGUGUUCGCAACUGGAGACUCCUUCAGCUAAUAGGCACCACACCAGUCUUCUUGCUGGUCUUCUACUUCUGGGUUUUGCCAGAAUCUCCACGGUGGCUCCUCUCCCAAGGAAAGAUAGAGGAGGCCAAACAGCUGGUCCAGAAGGCAGCUUCAGUGAACAGGCGGCCACUUUCUCCAGAGCUCCUGAGCCAGCUGGUCCCUGAGAAGACAGGCCCCUCGGGGAACGCCCUGGAUCUUUUCAGACACCCCCAUCUCAGGAAGGUGACCCUGAUUCUCAUUGCGGUCUGGUUUGUGGACAGUCUGGUGUACUAUGGAUUCAGCCUCCAAGUGGGGGACUUUGGCCUUGACAUCUACCUGACACAGCUAAUAUUUGGGGCAGUGGAGUUGCCUGCCCGCUAUUCCAGCAUCUUCCUGAUGGAGAAGCUGGGUCGCAAGUGGAGCCAGUUAGGUUCUCUGACUCUGGCGGGCAUCAUGUGCAUCGUCAUCAUCUUCAUCCCAGCAGGGCUCCCCACGGUGGUCACUGUGCUGGCUGUGGUGGGGAAGUUUGCCUCAUCGGCUGCCUUCACCACAUCCUAUGUGUACACCGCUGAGCUCUUUCCCACCAUCAUCAGGCAGACAGGCAUGGGGUUGGUGAGCAUCUUCUCCAGGAUUGGCGGCAUCAUCUCACCGCUUGUGAUGCUGCUGGAGCAGUACCACGGGGCCCUCCCCAUGCUCAUCUUCGGCAGCCUCCCGGUCGGGGCAGGCCUCCUGUGUGCUCUGCUGCCUGAGACCCGGGGCCAGACACUGAAGGACACCAUCCAGGACCUGGAGCAGGGCUGCCCACCACGGGCCCACAACGCAGCAGCCCCGAGGAAAGAAGCGGAGGCCCCAGGCAGGACUUCCGAUAGGAGCCUGGCUGUUGUGAAGAGCUCAUACUUCUGAUGAUGGUCGCUAGAGUCAGCCCAUCAAGAACAGAGGACUGCCCACACCAUCUUCUGAAUUUUGUCAGGAUCCACACGACACAGGGACCAGGCAGCCUUCUUCAUGUAGGCAACACACCAUGACCUGUUCACGCCCCGGCUCCAUGCUGUGAACCCAAUGGAAGUAUCAUGGACUGUACCCCUUUCUCCUCACGUCUCACACACACCACACCCCAGUACCAUGACUGAGGUGGGGCUUGGGUCUCUCUUAGUCUUCCUUGACAGUCUCUGGAGUUAUGGUCUCACUGUGCCUUUAGUCUGGAAUACUCCGCCCUCAGAAAACAAACAGAAGGGAACAGUUCCCUCCGAAAUAAAAGCAGCUCAAACCCAGAACAGGGCACCGGUGGGGCCAACUGUGGGAGCAGGCUAACAAAGAAAAAUGUUUUUGCCGGAUUUACUUUGAAGAUCCCUUCUCUCUGGCCAGUGGCCAGCUUGUGCCUUGCAUGUGUGAGGCUGCCAAGGAGAGGAGACUGGGCAGCCCCUCCCCCACCCACGGUGCCUUGAUGCCCAGUAGGUAGGGAAGAGGGCAGAGCUCCUUCUGCUUAGCUGAUGUUGGUUGUUAUUUCCCAGCAUGCCCUGGCUUAUCAGCAGUCUGCAUUUGAUGGCUGCUAAGAGCUGCCUCUGCUACCACGGCAUACUCAUGGGUCAUUUAGAGGUUCUCUGUGUGGUUUGCUAGUGGAAACACCAUUGUCUCACCCUUGUUUAGAGAUGGGGUAGUUGGGGACAGGCUGCUGUGUGUAUUUACAGAUGUCCUAUGGCUGAUCCUGUUAAGCAGGUUAUCUUUAGUGUUUGCUCAUGGGCUGUUCAGAAGCUAAGAUAUCUGGGAGCCAAGAGGAGAUUCUGCCCAGGCCAGAUCUCAAGGAAUCUUAUUACAUAUACAGUGUUCUGCCUACAUAUAUGUCUGCACACCAGAAGAGGGCACAAGAUCAAAUUAUAGAUGGCUGUGAGCCACCAUGUGGUUGCUGGGAAUUGAACUCAGGACCUCUGAAAGGACCUCGGAGCCACCUCUCCAUCCCCAGAUCUCAAGGGAAUCUUAAGGAGAACAUGGUAGCUAGCGUAUGCCAAUCCACACACAUCCUCUAGGGGGUGCUGUUGAACAGAUAAAAGCUGAUACACAGCUUUUAGUGCUGUGGUUGUCUUUGUUGGGGCUGGUGCAGCAUUCAGAUCUCGAGUGUUAGGGGGCAGGGGUCCUCCAAAGCUGGACCCCAGCCUUCCCAUUUUACAGUGAGAGAUUUUGUUCAUCAUGUGGGAGACACUGAGUUUAAUUCUCAACACUCACCUACCCACACACUUGCACCAAACGGGUGAUUUCAUAGGUUACUUCAUGUUAAACUGUGAACUCUGCCUGAGCGUGAAAAGCAAAGAGGUCUGGCAGUCUGCUCUCCACAGGUGACUUCUGAGAUUGAGACCACUAUACUAGACAUCUUGAAGUCUUGGCUUCUCUGUGUCCAAGCUCUGAGAUGCUGCCAUACUCCUCUGGGUAACUGUAUCUCUGCUUUGACACGGUCCCCAGAGGCCUGGCCCUUGUGUCAUCCAGUUCCUCCCACAGGUGCAAACCUUGUCCUUGGAACUGUGGACCAAUGUCAGUAGAUAACCCAUGUCCUCAGCCCUUCUCGAAAGGGCUCUGCCCCCUGCCUCUGCAGAUGGUUGUGAAAGCCCCCACAGCAGGGGCGCUGGGGGAAGGACCCCUUUCUCCUCAGUGUGGUUUCACUUGCCAAACUCAGUCUGUGGGAACCCUCCCCCAAGUCUGGUCUUGUGUCUGCACCUCCAGAUCACAUGCCCCAUUCUUCUGUAACUAUUCUAUCUGGCUCAUGGCCGCCCUGUCUAUUCCAGUUACUGUCAUCUUUGGAGAAAGUCAUUUCCUACCAAAAUCUCAUAUAAAUGAGUAGACGAGUGCUGUGGGAUGGUCAAUAAAUAAAACAUUGAUUGGCCAGUGUCCAGGCAGGAAGUAGGUAGGACAAGGAGAGAGGAGAGUUCUGGGAAGCAGAAGGCUGAG